AUGCAAACCGUCCAAGCGUCCAGCGCCGACACGCGCCCUCUGCCAGCCUCGCCGCCACGCCAAAAGGGCUCCUCCCUCGCCUCUAUUGCCAUUUCAUCUUUUGCUGCCUUUCGGUCCCAGGCUCCCCAACCUGCUCCUGCUCCUCCCUUCGGCCUCCAGUCGCCGCCCGUCCGCAGAAAGCCCUUGCCUGUAGACUCGCCCAUUGUAGGCCGCUUUCUUGUCGAUCAGUUUAAUAGGCCAAUUGCUACUACUGCCGCACCAUCGCUUAAUACCAGUCUUGCGCCGCCUGUCACUGACGAAGACCUCUUCGUGCCUCGCAAUCUUGACGAUAACCCGCAUGGACGGACCCCUCUGACGGGAACUACGCCGCAACCUGCAUCCACGUCCCCUAAAAGCUUCCCUGUGACGGCCGCUCUGCCAGAACCAAGGCAUGACCGACCAGCCAGCAGCAUACACCCCCAGCAGCAAAGCAGGUCAGAGGCCCUGAAAGCAUUUGGCAUCAGCGGAAUACACGCCCGCUCUCCUACCAUGCCUAAUAUGCCAUUGUACAACAACACAAACAACGCACAACGACCACAACCAAAGUUAGACAUAGACGGCGCUACAGACGACUUCAUGGACACCUACUCGUACAGUCCCGAAGCAGACUCACGAUCAAAGCAAAACAACAAGCCCAAGUCCCCGGGAGGAGGAGGUUUCACCUCCUUCUUUGGCUGGAACUCCCGCGCUCAAAACGGCCCCGAGUCUGCGGGUACUGGCUAUUCGGAACACUCUCCAAACCUAGACUCUCCGCGCUUCAGCAGGUCUAACAAGGCCAAGCCUAUCGGUCUGGAUAUACCAGCUGCCAACUCUAUGGGAUCUUACUUCAACGUCCCCGGAACCCCACUUUUAUCCUCUUCCCCACAGAUGAAUGCUCACGUCGAGGAGCUGGAGCGCGAGCUCCGCGAGGUCAGCUCCGAGCUGGCUGCCUCGAUUCAAAGAGAGAUGGAACUCGAGGAUGAGGUGGAGCGGUGGAAAGCCGAAAGCUCCACUGGCAUCUCAGAUAACCGACGAACCAGUGACUACUACUCAGACUCCGGCACCAGCUCUGUUCGAUUCCCCAUUACCGAUCCAGAAUCCAAGCUUGAAGAGCUGGACACGCAGCGGAGAAAGGCCGAGCAAGAGCGCGCUUCUCUCAAAGUACGCAUGGCCGAGCGCUUACAAGAAGAGCUUCGUCGACGCCGAGAUCUUGAGGAGCAAGUGCAACAGCUUGAAGACCAGGUCAGCAACAAGUCAAGAGUAGGCUCGGUAGUCGAAGCACCACAGGUCAAAGAACUAGCACUGUCUCUUGAAGAUGCCAAAAGGCGUCUGGCUGAGGAGCGGCAGGUUAAGGAGAACUUUGAAGAUCUCCUCACGGCCCUCCGUGAAGAGCUGGAGAAGCAUCGCAACGAGGCCGACAACUUGCGCGACGAAGUCGUUCCACAGCUCAGAGCUCGACUAGAAGUCUUGGAGGCAGAUGCCGCCGAUACUGAAAAACUCGUCUACGAGUCCAGCCGCAUGCAGCAAGAGAUCAAACAAUUACGAAGCGAAAACGAAUCGCUCGCCAAAACCCGAAAGCAACAGCUUUUGCAACAACAACAGGGGCAGCCCGUCCAAUUUCAAUCAAUUGCAGAGGAAGCCGACAUCACGCCCCUAUCAAACAUGCGCGUUGGUCUGACACGCUCAAACUCAUUAGCUCGUAGUUCCGCUGGUCUUAAUUCCAAGAGGGGUUCACUGUCACGAUCCAACUCUGUCAAGGAUAGAUCAGGUGACAUGUCUCCUGUAGGUGCACCAGCAGUCAGCAACCCAAUGAAGGAACUCGAAGAGCAGCGAGAUGCGCUACACAAAGCAUUGAAACAUCUACUCCAACGACAGGAGAUGCAGCAACGAGAGUUCCAGCGCCGUAUUAGAGAGGUAGAGGCCGAAAGGGAUGCUGCUCUAAAUCUCACUCCCCGACGAACUGCGUUCCACAAGGAGGUCACGGGACUGCGACGAGAGGUCGAUUCUCUUCGACGCCGUGCAGACGAAGCACUCGAGCAGAAAUGGCAGUGCGAAAAGGGCUUGGGUGGAUUGCGAAUGGAUCUGGACCGCGCCCAGCAAGAAACCAGCUCGCUCCGUGAUCUUCUCCGAGAACACGACAUCACCAUACCUGAAAUCCGCAUCGAGAACGAACCCAUGGCUCUGGACAAGGCUUACAACGAGCUGCGAACUACGCACGCACUGUCUCUUGCUCGUGUGAAACAGCUAGAAACAAGUGACGCAGACUCGCUUGGGGCGGCUAGCGCUGAAACAGAGAGGACGCUGGACCUGCUCAAGCAAAGCAUCUCUGAUGCCGAGGCAGAGCGUGAUUACGCCCAACGCGAAGCUGAGCAAUACCGCCAGCAAGCUCGUGCCCUCCAACAAUCCGAGAUUGAACACCUCGGCAAGGAGCAGCAGCUCAGCAGGGAGUUGUUCGCUGCCGCUACCCGAAUGGAUGAACUCUCCAACAAGAUUCAAACCCAGUUGACCGCCAACAACGCUCUCCGAGGACGUCUCACUGAGGCCAUCAUCCGCGGAGAACAAGAGCAGCAAAAGUCUACUGAUCAGAUUGUCCAGCUCGAGAAGAGGCUCAAGGCGGCAGAGGACAAGGUCAUGCUUGCCCAACAGUCGUCAGAAGAGGCAAUUGCCCGUCACGAAGGCGAGGUGCAAGCUCUCAAGGAGGGCCACACCAACCACCUGCGCCGCGUCAAGUCUGGACUGCUUAGUCCCUCUGCCUUUUCUCCCAAGUUUCCAACAUCUCCAGUCUUUGCCCAGAAGUCUCCCCGUCUGACGGUAACGACAAGCGGACCGGCUAUGACGUUUGCCGAGGCCACUAAGACGGAGAUGCUCGAGAAGCGAGUAGAGGAGCUCGAGAAGGCUCUCCGUGAUGCUGAUCACGAAAUGGAAGAAGUCGUCGGCCGCAUGAACCUCGCUCAGAUGGAGGUGGCCGACCUGCAGUUUGAGAGGGAUGAGGCUAUGAGGCAAACCAGAGGACUUCAAGCUGAAAUUCUUGCCGAACGCGAAAAGGUCAAGGCCUUGAUGGCCACGACUGCCUAA